UACAGGAAACAUAUUUUACAUUCUGGCAGUCUUUUCACUCUAACUUAUAGUUGCUCCACAGUUACUUCACUUUUGACAACAUGGACGUGUCAAACACAAGAAGAAUUGUCAUCUUGGGAAAAACUGGAUCUGGGAAAAGCAGCGUGGCUAACACCAUAUUUGGUGAGGGACUGUUCACAAUCGGCCACACUUUCAACUCUGAAACAAGAGAAUGUGAAGCAAGAACCAAAUCUGUUAAUGGAAGAAGCAUCACUUUGAUCGACACUCCUGGUUUCUUCGACACAGAGAGGUCUGAGGAGGAGAUGAAGCCUGAGAUAGUGAGGUGUAUCACAGAGUGUGCUCCUGGUCCUCAUGCUUUUCUCAUUGUGAUUAAAGUGGAGACAUUCACAGAGCAGGAGCAGGCUGUCAUCACUAAAAUAAACGAAUACUUUUCUGAAGAAGUUUACAAAUAUGCAAUACUUGUAUUUACUCAUGGUGACCAGCUCCCUGAAGGAAAGACAAUAAAGGAUGUAGUCGGCCAAAAUCAGCUUGUGAGUGAUCUAGUGGAGAAGUGCGGCGGCCGCUGCCACGUCAUUGAUAAUAAAUACUGGAAGAACAACCAGCAGGAUGAAUACAGGAGUAACCAGUUCCAGGUGAAGGAGCUUCUUAACACAAUAGAGAAGAUGGUUGAGUCAAACGAAGGAAGCUGCUACACCAAUGAGAUGCUACAAACAGUGGAGGAAGUAAUACAACAAAAGGUGGAGGCCAUUAGAUGGUCAUCAGGAAACAUGUCAGAGGAAGAGAUCAGAAAGCAGGCUAGAGUCAGCACAUUUAAGAAGCUUUUGAUCAGACUGGCAGGUAUUGCAACAGGUGUAGUUUUAGGAGCUCUUCUUGGUGUAGGAGUGAGUGUUGGAAUAGUUGUCAAACUUUUAAAAGAAGUAGGAAUAACAGCAGCAAGAUAA